AUGGUUAAGGAAACAAAAUUUUACGAUCAAUUAGGCGUAUCGCCAUCAGCAGGAGAUACAGAAUUGAAGAAAGCUUAUAGAAAGGCUGCAUUGAAAUAUCAUCCAGAUAAGAAUCCAUCACCAGAAGCCGCUGAGAAGUUCAAGGAACUCUCACAUGCUUACGAGAUUCUUUCGGAUGAACAGAAGAGAGAAGUGUACGAUAGCUAUGGUGAAGAAGGAUUAUCAGGUGCCGGUGGUAUGGGCGGCGGUAUGGGAGCAGAAGACAUCUUUUCGCAAUUCUUCGGAGGAGGAUUUGGCGGUAUGGGUGGCGGAGCUCCCCGUGGACCAGCUAGAGGCAAGGACAUCAAGCACUCGAUCAGCUGUACCUUAGAAGAGUUGUACAAGGGUAGAACUGCGAAAUUGGCAUUGAACAAGACUAUAUUGUGUAAGACAUGUGAAGGCCGUGGUGGUAAAGAAGGUAAGAUUAAGCAGUGUUCUUCUUGUCACGGUCAAGGUAUGAAGUUUGUCACAAGACAAAUGGGUCCUAUGAUACAAAGAUUCCAAACCGUUUGUGACGCUUGUCAGGGUUCUGGUGACAUCUGUGACGCUAAGGACCGUUGUACCGCUUGUAAGGGUAAGAAGACUCAAACUGAACGUAAGAUAUUACAAGUCCACAUCGAUCCUGGUAUGAAGGAUGGCCAAAGAAUCGUGUUCAGCGGCGAAGGUGAUCAAGAACCAGGUGUUACUCCUGGUGAUGUCGUUUUUGUUGUUGACGAAAAGCAACACGAAAAGUUCACCAGAAAGGCUAACGACUUGUACUACGAAGCUGAAGUAGAUUUAGCCACUGCGUUAACUGGUGGUGAACUUGCCUUCAAGCACGUGUCUGGUGACUUCAUCAAGAUUCCAAUUACCCCAGGUGAAGUCAUCGCCCCUGGUGUUACCAAGGUCAUUGAAAACCAAGGUAUGCCAAUCUACAGACACGGUGGUAAUGGCCAUAUGUUCGUUAAGUUCACAGUUAAGUUCCCAAAGAACAACUUUGCUACUGAAGAAAAAUUGAAGCAAUUAGAAGCUAUCUUACCUCCAAAGGCUAAGGUUACCAUUCCAAAGGGUUCUGAAGUUGAUGAAUGUGAAUUGGUCGAUGUUGACCCACGUAAGCAUCAAUCUGCUGGAAGACGUGAUGCUUAUGAUUCUGAUGACGAAGAAGGUGGUGCCGGCCCAGGUGUCCAAUGUGCAUCUCAAUAG